AUGAACAAGGAUAUAUUUCCACUUCUGGAUCUACAGGAGCUGGUACUAUGUCUCCAAAGCUGCGACUUCGCUCUAGCUAGUGAGGAAAACAUCUCGCGUCCUACCUCUCAGUAUGUCAUUACAUUGUACAAGCAGAUCAUUGACAGUUUUACAGGGGUUGCGCCUGACACGCUGAUCAGCGACGGCGAUGCGGCAGUCAGGCCAACAAGCGAAGUUGCAGGAGAAGACCCGGUUUACAAGGAAACGCUACGCAUGCUAACACUCAACAAAAUAUGCUUUAAGUUCUUCCAGGAUAUAGGCGUCUCUGACUUCAACAUGAUGGACCUGUAUAAGCCGGAUGCUUUGAGAACUCAACGAUUUCUGAGUGCUGUUGUCAAUUAUGCGCGAUUCCGCGAAGAACGAAUGGCCGACUGCGACCAGUUCAUGUCUCAAACCGAAUCACUCUUAAACCAGCUUCGAGAGAAGUUUGACGACUAUAACUUCUUGCAGCAGCAGGUUGCUAAGCACUACGAGCUUGCCGACUUAGCAGAAGGAGAAAGUCUUGCCUUCCUUGAAGCCAACAAUCGGAACCUCGAAAAUCAGUUGAAAAAGCUGACGCAGGUUCAAGAAGCCUUCACCAUUGACUACAAUAACUACAAGAGUAGCAAACAAAAGCUAAUGUCACAGUUAGAAAGUUUAGGGUUUGAACUUAUCGAACUGGAGUCACAAAGAGACAAACUUCACCGAUACUCCGAAACAGAUAUUAGCAGCCUUCAAGAGAGCAUGAAUGAGUUCUCCCAAAUGCUCGAUGAGCAGCAAGGCAAUUUGGCGAAAAUGCAGUCUCAAUACAAAGUACUCUCGAAGUCAACAGAAACCUUUCAUGCUAUCACGCUCGAACUUUACGAGUUGCUACGGAUAAUAUCAACAGACUUGCAAGAAUCACAUUUGAGAGAAAUUGGGCUUCUCGAAAUAAAGCAGCAAUUAGCUAAAAGUGAGGCCAAGAUGAAUAACCUUUUAACAUCAGGGGUUAUGAUGAAGCUUUCCAGCUUACAAUCGCAGCUUGCUAUGCAAAAACAACGUCUCCGGGAGCUUGAAGAAACAACAGAAAGGAAACAGAAUGAGAAUACUUUAGCCCUUCAAAAUUUACAGAGGGAGUUUGCGGAGGAAGUCAUGCCUGAGGUCCAAAAGAUUGAUGAGCACGUCGAAAAGGAGUUGUUUGGUAAAGUUAUAAAGUCCCUUGAAAAAGAUAUGCAGGCGUUGCGGGACGACUUCAAAAAAGAUUCGGUUGCCAUAGACUUAGAAUAUUCUCUCCUUGCGUCUCACAUCAAAAACUAUGUUCAACAGAUGCUGGAAAAAAUCAGCUGA